AUGGCCGAGAACGGUGAAGAGAAGCUGCUUGCGGUGGCCAGGCAUAUAGCCAAGACGCUGGGUCAAAACGACACCAUGGCCGACGAUAUUUUGCAGAUCUUUUCCAACUUCGACGGGAGGUUUUCUCGCGAGAAGUUGUCCGAGAAAAUGGUUGACGACAACAACCCUCGUGGCUGUGCCGUCCUCGAGCGAGCCGUUAAUUCCUUGGACCGUCAGAUCUCCCAGUACGUGGCGCUUGAUCAUCCCAUCUGGGCUCACACCGCUGAUUCUUCUGCUUUCCUUGACGCUAUUGACGACUUGAUUCGUACCAUGAGGGAUUGGGAACCCAUGGCCGCCGAGAAAUCCGUCAGCGCUUGUCUUGUACGCGCUGAUGACCUGAUGCACCAGGCCAUGUUCCGAGUCGGGGAUGAGUUCAGGUCUCUUAUGGACCGAGGUGCUGAGUCCUUUGAACUGAAUCGAAGCAACCACGAGUCAACCGGGAACUUAUCGUUUGAUUCUGACGAUGACAAUGAAGAAAACGAAGAUGGACUUCUUCACAACGGUGCGGAUCUCGAUCAUCAGAUCCCGGUAGCUCAACCGGUAACGGACUACGACAUCGUGAUCGACGCGCUUCCCUCCGGAACCGUAAGCGACCUUCACGAGAUCGCCAAGCGUAUGGUGGCCGCAGGGUUCGUUAAAGAGUGCUCUCACGUUUACAGCACCUGCCGAAGAGAGUUCCUCGAAGAGAGCAUCUCGAGGCUCGGAUUGCAGAAGCUGAGCAUCGAUGAAGUCCAGAAAAUGCCGUGGCAAGAGCUCGAAGACGAGAUUGAACGCUGGAUCAAAGCCGCUAACGUCGCCCUUCGUAUCCUCUUCCCGAGCGAACGCAGGUUAUGCGAUCGCGUCUUUUUUGGAUUCUCUUCCGCCGCUGAUCUCUCCUUCAUGGAAGUCUGCCGUGGCUCCACCAUUCAGUUACUUAAUUUCGCUGACGCCGUUGCUAUCGGUAGCCGAUCGCCAGAGAGGCUUUUCAAAGUUCUUGAUGUGUUCGAGACUUUGAGAGACUUGAUGCCUGAAUUCGAUUCCGUUUUCUCUGAUCAAUACUGUUUGGUUCUUCGAAACGAAGCGGUUACCAUUUGGAGGAGAUUAGGAGAAGCGAUUAGAGGGAUAUUCAUGGAGUUAGAGAAUCUAAUUCGGCGUGACCCAGCUAAAGCAGCUGUUCCCGGUGGCGGACUUCAUCCGAUCACACGUUACGUAAUGAACUAUCUCCGCGCGGCGUGUCGAUCACGACAGACAUUGGAACAAGUUUUCGAUGAAAGUAAUGCGGUUGUUCCAUCUAAUAAGCUAGAUGAUCGACGGGCAUCUUCGUCUUCGAUGUCGGUUCAGAUGGCAUGGAUUAUGGAGCUUUUGGAGAGUAAUUUGGAGAUGAAAUCCAAGAUUUACAGAGACUCUGCAUUGUGCUCUGUUUUCAUGAUGAACAAUGGAAGAUAUAUUGUACAAAAAGUGAAGGAUAGCGAGUUAGAGUCACUUCUUGGUGAUGACUGGAUCCGAAAACACAAUGCCAAAGUCCGGCAAUACUGCACCAACUAUCAAAGAAGUUCAUGGAACAAGAUUAUUGGAACAUUAAAGCUCGACAAUUCCUCGUUAGCAUCGAAUGCGAUUGCCAAGUCCAUGAAAGAAAAGAUCAAAUCAUUCAAUACCCAAUUCGAGGACGUAUGUAAAACUCAGUCAUCAUGGAUUGUAUUCGAUGAGCAGCUUAGAGAAGAGAUGAGGAUAUCAGUGUCUAGGCUUUUGUUACCAGCUUAUAGAAACUUCAUAGGGAGGCUCCAAUGUAUGCCUGAAAUCGGGAGGAACACUGAUAGGCUUAUACGGUACAACCCGGAGGAUAUCGAGGCGAGGAUUAACGAGUUGUUUGAAGGGAACAAUGGAUCAUCUGGUGUCAGGAAGUAGAUGCAGAUUUCAGGUAUUCUUUUUGGUGUUGGAAUAUGAAUGGGUAAAUGUAAAAUGAUUUGCAGUAUGGUACAACAUUAGGUGUUGUUAUAUGCAUGUUGCACAAUCUUUUUCCUGCUUUCUAUUUGUGAAUUGAAAAAAAAAAGCCAUGGUUAGCUUGCCUGUUUUCUAAUCAUAUAAUGGCGUUAUUUUCUUGUUUUUUUGUAUAUAUAGCAAAUUCUAAUCAUAUACAUGAGAUAUUUAAUAUCAUGAAGAA